GAUUAUUAACAUAUGUUACGGAUUGGAUGGAACUUCAAUCUUAUAUUGAGCAACUCUUCUGUGUAUUGGAAAGAGGGCUCAUGUAUGUAUUAAAAAAAAAGACCUAUGAUAAAUUUGAAGGAGAAAAUAUAGUAUGUUUAGCUAUAACCAAUUCACAAAGUCAAAAUAUACAACAAGUAAGUUCGGAAUCUCAUAGUGGUAUAGGUAGCUUACCUUCCCAAUUCACUUGGUAUAUGUGUAGUAAAUUCAGUACCAAUUAUACAGUAACCACACCAAAUUUCGGAACAGUAGUAGAUGGUCAUCAUACCCAAUCUUAUAACCAAUUAGGAUUAUUAACAUAUCUUACAGAUUGGACGGGACUUCAACUUUAUAUUGAUCCAACUAGCAACGGUUCCGUUUAUUAUGAUAAGGGUUCAUGUUUUGAUUCACCUCAAAUAAGAUGUACUAAAAAAAUGACUUAUGAUGAAUUUAAAGGAGAAAGUAUAGUAUGUUUAGCUAUAACCAAUCCACAAAAUCAAGAAGUUAAAUUUAGUUUAUCAAUUAGUUUUACAUUAGGGGAAUCAUUACCAGCUGUAACCCCUAUAGGUACAUUAACAACAACAGCAAGUAAACCUACAACAUCUUCAACUACUAGUAGUAAAAUUGCAUCACUCGUUGCAUAUCUUGAAUCACUUAAUGCAUAUUCUUUCCAAAUUUCACCAAAAAAUAUUGUAUCUUCCAAUAUUUUAUCUUGA